AUGCAACAAUAACAAGAUAUUCAGCUUAAAUAUGAAGCACCUGUCGAAAAAUUUGAAAAAAUUUUUGAGGAAUACCUGAAGAAACAUAAGAAGAGUAUGAUGUUUGAUUCAGAUGAACUAAUAACAAUUUACAAUGAGCUUCAAAAGGAGAAGAUAUACUUAACAUCCUACAUUUCACAAGGUGGUUUUGGAUGUGUUUUUGAGGCUAAGUACAAUGAAGAAAUAGUAGCUAUCAAAUGUAGCAAAACUAACUUUGAAAAAAUUGAAGAAGAAGAAAAAAUACUGAAAUUGUUAAAGGAUACUCCUUAUGUUUUUAAAUCUAUCAAAGGGUUUACAAACUAAAAAAAUUCGAGAUACUAUCAGAUUUCUAAAAGAUAUUCAUGCAAUCUUAAAGAAAUCAUGAAAAGCUUCUUUGAAUAGAGAAAAACUCUCCCACUCAACUAAAUAAUUGGUUUUGCUAUUCAGAUGUCAACAGUCUUUGAAAAAAUUGAGCAGAAUAAGUUGAUUCAUUCUGAUGUUAAACCUGAGAAUAUCCUUUACGAUAGCUAAGAAAAAUGUUUUUAUCUAUGUGAUUAUGGAGAGUCUAAAUAAUUUAAAGAUGGAUCAAAAACUUACGAUCUCAAAGGAUUUGCACCAAAGUAUGCAGCUCCAGAAAUUACAGAUACAAAAAAUGGUACCUUCAAUAUCAAAUAUGACAUUUAUGGCUUAGGAGUAAUUCUCCUUGAAUUAACCCUUGGAAAGUUUCUAGAAGACUCAGAUUGUUCUUUUAUCAGAAAUGGAUAACUACCAUAAUAUAUAAGCAAAAAUGGUUUAUAUUAAGAUAUUAACUAAAUCAUAGUUAAAAUGCUUGAAAAAAUACCUUAGAAUAGAAUCAGUUCAUUUGAGUUAACUAAAAAAUUAAAUGAUUUAAGACUAAAACUAGAAAAUGAGUUCAUUUGUGCAGUAUAAGACAAAUUGGAUUUUACUGAAUCUAAUAUGAUGAUUUCAAAAUUCAGACAAUCUUUUCUUAAAUUUAACUACACAUGCAAACAAAGUGAAGUCAGAUUAGAUGAGUAUACUUUUAGUGAUUACAGUAAUCUCUCUAAAAUCUAGGAAUGCAUAGCAAAGAGGCUUGUUCAUCACUUAGAUCUAGAUUUCCAGAAUAAUAACCUUGGUGCAGAUGGAGCUAAGAACAUUGGAAUGAGCUUGGAGAAGUGCCAAAAUAUAACAUCUUUGAAUCUCAAUCUAUGGUAUAAUGAGCUUGGUGCAGAUGGAGCUAAGAACAUUGGAAUGAGCUUGGAGAAGUGCCAAAAUAUAACAUCUUUGAAUCUCAAUCUAUCGUAAUUUAACUAACUAUCAAUUUAUUUAGUUUGUUUUAAUUAAUACAUUUGUAUAAUGAGCCUUGGUGCAGAUGGAGCUAAGAACAUUGGAAUGAGCUUGGAGAAGUGCCAAAAUAUAACAUCUUUGAAUCUCAAUCUAUCGUAUAAUGAGCUUGGUGCAGAUGGAGCUAAGAACAUUGGAAUGAGCUUGGAGAAGUGCCAAAAUAUAACAUCUUUGAAUCUCAAUCUAGGGAUUAAUGACCUUGGUGCAGAUGAAGCUAAGAACAUUAGAAUGAGCUUGGAGAAAUGCCAAAACAUAACAUCUUUAAAUCUCAUACUAUGUGAAAUUAAAACUUAAAACAAAUGGGUUUGGAUAAUUAAUUGA